AGUACGGCAGCCGGAACAUCAUGGAUUUGAGACUCGCGGGGCGCCGGGCGCUCGUCACGGGGGCGGGCAAAGGCAUCGGUCGCAGUAUUGUCAAGGCGCUCCACGCGGCGGGCGCGGGAGUGGUGGCCGUGAGCCGAACCCAGGCCGACCUGGACAGCCUGGUCCGCGAGUGUCCCGGGGUGGAGACCGUGUGCGUGGACCUGGCUGACUGGGAGGCCACGGAGCAGGCACUGGGAGGUGUUGGCCCUGUGGACCUGCUGGUGAACAAUGCAGCUGUGGCGUUUUUGCAGCCCUUCCUGGAGGUCACCAAGGAGGCAUAUGACAUGUCUUUCAAUGUGAACCUUCGGGCGGUCAUCCAGGUGUCCCAGAUUGUGGCCCGAGGCCUGAUAGCUCGGGGAGCCCCAGGGGUCAUCGUGAAUGUUUCUAGCCAGGCCUCCCAACGGGGACUGACUGGCCACAGUGUCUACUGCUCCACCAAGGGUGCCUUGGACAUACUGACCAAAGUGAUGGCGGUGGAGCUCGGGCCACACAAGAUCCGUGUGAAUGCAGUCAACCCCACGGUGGUGAUGACACCCAUGGGCCAGGCCGCCUGGAGUGACCCUCAGAAGGCCAAGGCCAUGCUGGACCGCAUCCCCCUUGGCAGGUUUGCUGAGGUGGAGAACGUGGUGGACACCAUCCUCUUCCUGCUCAGUGACCGCAGCAGCAUGAUCACAGGCUCCACUGUGCCGGUGGAUGGGGGCUUCCUGGCUACCUAAGCACCCCCCUCCAUCCCCACACAGCCCUGUUCCAAGUUGAACCCACCUUUACCCCCAUUCCCCUUCCCCAUCUCUUCAGUAAACAUGAUUCUUCUGUCCAGCCUGCACACUCACACCUAGGCUGCAGUCAUGUGGCCGGAAGAUGCAAAGCUCAGAGCUGAGCAUGGGGACAAGUCCCAGGUAGAGACACCCGUUCAGCUCACCCUGGGCCAGCAGCAGCCUGGCUCUCCUGCCAGAUUGUUGGGCCUGGCUAAGUCCCUGGCAGGUAUAUAGGACUUUCCAGAAGGCCAGCUCCUAAGGAGGGUAGUGAAUUUGACCAAGGAUGAUCUUCGGCCCUGUCCAGAAGCCUCUCGGGUGGAAGUGGUGGUGUUUUCACGUGAAU